AUGAAAACAUUCUUUUACAUUAAAAGUUUGAAGAAUAUAAAACAGAUUUAUAUAAGGAAGCUUUAACGAGACCAUUUAACUGACAGAUGCGCUACUAACUUCACAAGCAUUUGUCUUCUUCUCGGCUGGAUUUGAAACUUCCUCGUCGACAAUGGCUCACGCUCUUUAUGAAUUAGCUCAAAACCAUGAAAUACAGGAUAAGGUAGAGGAAGAAAUUCGAGAAAGUUUUGAGAAACAUGGUAAAACAAUAACGUACGAGCAAGUCAAGGAAAUGAAGUACUUGGACAAAGUGGUAAAAGAAACAUUAAGAAAGUACCCAAUACUUCCGAUGUUAACGAGAAAAGCAACAGAGGAUUAUACAUUUAAAAACAGCAAAAUUACUAUUAAAAAAGGCACCGUAGUAUGGUUACCAACACUUCCAAUUCAAAGGGAUCCUGAUAUUUUCCCAAAUCCUGAUGUUUUUGAUCCUGAAAGGUUUAACGAUGACGCUGUUGCGGCUAGACACCCCAUGAGUUAUCUACCUUUCGGUGAUGGACCACGAAAUUGCAUUGGUUCCCGUUUUGCAAAUUAUCAAACCAGAGUUGGACUGAUAACGAUACUACGCAAUUAUAAAGUCGAUGUUUGCGAGAAAACCGUAAUUCCAUACAAAAGUGACCCACUGACUUUUAUGAUGUCCCUGAAAGGUGGAGUACACUUAAAAAUAACGAAAGCGUGAAAUUAAUAUAAAUAAUUAUACAGUUUCUUACAGUUGUAUAUACAACGGCUACUAUUGUACAGGCAAAUAUAUGUAGUAAUAAUAAAAAAAGAA